AUGAACGCACCUGACAGAUUCGAGUCUUUCAUUCUCGGACCAGACGAAAAGAAGAUCGAGGAGAAGAUAGAUACUCGAAUGGCAAAUACCUCCUACUUUCACUUCAACAAAGAGGAUCAUACUUUGGCUAAUCUGCUUCGAUCGAAGCUAUUGUCAUCAGAACACGUCCUCUUCUCUGCCUACCGAGUGCCACAUCCGGUCUUUCCAACAUUCGAGCUACGUGUACAAACUGACGGCACCAUCUCACCCAAAGAAGCCCUCCUUGCUGCAUGCAGGAACCUUGUCAAAGACCUCAACGAGUUUGCCGGUGAAUUUAAGCGGGAGUAUGAGUUGCGGAAAAUGGUUGGUCAAGAUCAAAAUGGCAUAUAG